CACAAAACACUGUGGACUCACUGAUUCUGCCGCUACAGCUGAGUGGAACAACGCGUUUAAGAUGGUGAAACAGUUUUCAGGAAAGAGCUAUGCGCUGGACGCUGGCAGCAUGGAAAACAUGGAGGCGUUUCUAGACGCCAGCGGAGUGACAGACGCUACUCAUCGCCAGGUGGCUCUGACAGCGAGGGACAUCCUGACGCUGACACUGGAGGGUGACAAGGUGACGGAUGUGACGCAGCUGGGCGAACACAAGAUCGUGCUCACCUACCGCCUGGGGGAGGAGUUUGUGGAGGACACGGCCGGCCGCAAGAGGAAGAGCACCGUUACCCAGAGGGGGGCCGACACGCUGGUCAAGGUCGAGAAGUACGAGGACGGCAAGGUCGUCACCAUAGAGAAGACCUUCAGCGCCGACAAGAUGGUCGCGACCCUCGCUAUCGGGAACGUCGCAGCGAAAAGGAUCUACAAAGCAGUCUGAUAUCUGUUUCUAAAUUACAAUAAUUUAUAUGUUUAUUGUGUAAUUUGUUAAAAACACUUUAUCAAAAAGGUACUUGUCCUGACUUUUCUCUACCACUGUGUCUUAAAUUAUUGUAGACAUGCAGACUAUU